UUCGCGAUUGAACAGCUACGGGACUUUGAUUACAUACCCCAGCUUUACGCCACCUACAGAAGAGCGUCCGAGUACGGGCAAGCCAUGGCCCCUGGGUAUCGACUAGGGGUGGAUGUCGGAGGAACAUUCACAGACAUCUGCGUAAUCACUCCAGAUGGCCAAUCCGUACGCGUAAAAGUGCCUACCAACACCUCAGACCAAUCCAUCGGUGUGCGCGAGGGUGUCGACAAGGCACGCACCAUCCUAAAUGAGAAGUAUGGUUGGAACGGAAAGUUCGAUUACAUUCACCAUGGAACCACCACUGGCACCAACGCCAUUCUCGAAGGCAAGGGCGCAAAGGCCGGUUUGAUCGUGACGGCUGGCCACCGCAAUGUCCUGACCAUGAGGCGGAGCCAAAUCCCCGGAGGCUUGGGCGCCUGGAUCAACUACGUGGAGCCAGAGCCUAUCGUGCCUCUGGAGCGAACAGUUGAAGCCGUAGAGCGCAUCACUAUCGGUGGAGACGUGUUCAAAGCACUGGACGAGAAGAAGUUUCGGGAAAGCGUGCAAGAUUUGAAGUCGCAAAAGCCCGAGGCCAUCUCCGUCUCUCUAUUGAACUCAUUCAGCAAUUCUGUUCACGAGACUCAAAUCAGGGACAUUCUGCACGACGAAUUUGGCCCGGACGUCGAGGUUGUCACAUCUACUGAUGUUUUACCCGAGAUUCAGGAGUACGAGCGAACCGUCACCACCACCGCAAACGCUAUUGUCAAGCCUGUUGUCAAGCGCUAUAUGAGCAACUUACAGAAAAUGCUCGAGCCUCAUACAGACACCAUCCGUAUAUUGAAAUCCGACGGCGACCUUACCUCCGUACAGCUCGCUGGCGAGAAGCCUGUACAGAUCUUGAUGAGCGGGCCCGCUGGUGGUGUCAAGGCCGUUUCGCAUCUGGUUGCUAAGAACACUCCAUUCAAAGAUCUCAUCACACUGGAUAUGGGAGGAACAAGUACGGAUUGUGCUCUCCUAUCUGGUGGUGACGUAAUCAUACGAAGAGAAACCAAUGUCGGUUCGCUCGCAGUCCGGGCACCAUCAGUCGACGUUCGCACGGUUGGCGCCGGAGGGGGUUCGAUCGCCGUAUACAACGACUUCACAAAGCAAUUGCGUGUAGGCCCGGAAUCAAGUGGUGCAACGCCUGGUCCAGCAGCGUAUGGGAAAGGCGGAACGCAGGCGACCGUCACCGAUGCCAACCUGACCCUUGGCUAUCUUCCUUCCAAGUUGUUAGGUGGCUCGUUCAAACUUGAUGUCGCUGCAGCUUCUUCUGCGGUGAACUCAAUAGCGGAGCAGAUGGGUUUAACCACCACAGCUGCGGCAGAAGGUAUCAUCAAUCUCGUCAACGAGUCCAUCCAUGGCGCUCUCCGCCUUGUAUCUGUCGAGCAAGGUUUCGAUCCCCGCGAUUUUGCUUUGGUAGCCUUCGGUGGGGCAGGCCCUCUUCAUGCGAAUGCUCUUGGGAAGCUCCUUGGCUCCUGGCCUGUAAUUGUUCCCCCGAGUCCUGGCAUACUUUGUGCGCAAGGCGAUGCUACUACGAAGAUGUCGCACGAGCAAAGCUGCACCUACAUCAGGCUAUUCUCCGAAAUCACCACGGAGGAUCUCGCGUCCACUUUGGGCGAGUUGAGAGACGGCUGUAUGCAGACCAUGAAAACACAUUUGGGAAAUCGAGAGGCGCCACUGGAGGUGCAAUAUCAAUCCGACAUGAGGUACAAAGGCCAAGCAAUGACACUGACGGUCGAUUUCUUGGACAAGGACUUGGAGAACACGGAAGGGUUGCUGUUGGUGCUUCGUGCAAAAUUCGCCGAACUACAUGAGCAACAGUUCAGCUUCUCACUGGAAAAGGCAGAACUCGAAACUAUGCGCAUGCGAGUCAAAGUGGUUGAUGCGUCGGAAGAGGUGGCCAUACGAUCCAUUGAGAAAGCAAACGAUCCCACACCCCCACAAGAUGCUAUCACGAUGACACAGAAUAUCAUCUACGAAGACCAAAGUAUAGAAGCCACCUUCUGGGACCGAUCGCGUCUCCUCAAGGCCGGUCUAAGGGUUACUGGUCCCGCUGUGAUUUCCGAAAUGGACUCAAAUACUCUGAUUUUGCCGGGCUAUUUCGGAGAAGUUGACUCAAUGGGUAACAUCUUGAUUUGGCCGACCGAGAAGACCUCACAAGAAAAGGUCGAACAUACCAAAGAGUCCGCCGAAUUGCUUGUCAAAGAACAGCCUUUGAUUGCGACUUUGAUUUCCUCGGCGCUUGGGUCGAUCCGACGGGAGAUGGACACGCUCAUGCUGCGAUGCGCCAUGUCCCCUGCUAUCCGGGAGCAGAUGGACGAAUUCAAUGUCAUUACGAACACACGAGGUCAGAUGCUCGUUGGACAGUUCGGGAGCUUCAUUAUGCAGUUCUUGAACGGAUGGAAAGGUACAAUAGAGGAAGGUGAUAUAUUCGUUACAAAUGAUGUGUACCAGAUCGAUGGCGCCGUGUCACACCUUAACGACGUUAUUAUACUGUUACCGAUCCAUCACGAGCACAAGCUUAUUGGAUGGGCUGCCAACUUUGGCCAUCUGACGGAUGUGCAAGGGAAAGUCCCCGGGUCAAUGAGCAUCAACGCAACCACUAUUUUCGAAGAUGGUUUGCAGAUACCGAUUGUGAAGCUGUACGAGAAAGGCGUUUACAACCAAGCCCUAGCAGACGUAUUGUUCCGUAACUCCCGCCAGCCGGAGUGGUUUCAGAGCGACUUGAUAGCUCUAGUCGCAGCUUGCAGAACAGCAGCAUCCCGAGUUUGCGAGCUUUGCGACAGGUAUAGCUUGCCGGUGUAUGAAGCUGCUACCGAUAGUCUGCUCGCGCAGAACCGAGCCGCCAUCAAAACUAUCAUCGACAAUAAAAUUGGGCCUGAGAGAUCGAGCUUCACAGACUUCAUCGACGAUGAUGGACAAGGCAUCGGUCCCUACGCCAUCUCAUGCUCUAUGCAGAAACAAGGCGAUAAGCUGGUGUUUGACUGGGAUGGCACAUCUCCGCAAUCAAACACGUCAAUGAACUUCUACCUUUCUAUCAACAUGUUCAAAGUCUUCAUCGGCUACUACUUACUCGCGGUUUAUGACCCCCACUGCGUCAUCAACGAUGGCUUCCACGAUCUCAUUGACAUUAAGAUCCCAAGCGGCACCAUCCUCCGCCCCGUGCGACCUGCAGCCGUGAGCUGUAGAACCCACCUCCUUGGUCGCGUAAUGGACGUUCUACAGGCCCUUUUCGGACAACGCGACCCUGCAUACCGCUGCGCAGCAGGUUUCUCCGACUCCCCUCAUCUCUUCUACUCAGGCUUCAAACCCUCCGGUGAAUUCUUCCUCUUGUACCAAAUUGGCUUCGGAGGCGUCCCCGCGCGUCCCAUUGGUGACGGUCCGGACUGUCACUGCCUCUUCCCCGCUAUUAAAAGUAUUCCCACGGAGAACAUCGAGCUGUACUUCCCGCUAUUACUUGAAGCGAAUGAAGCUCUGCCUGACAGCGGAGGUGCAGGGUUCUACAGAGGUGGCAACGCGCAGCGAACGCUGUAUAGAUUUCUUUGCGAGGGAGAGGUCAGUAUCCACGAUGAUCGGUGGUUAGUAGUGCCGUGGGGAGUCAAUGGUGGCAAGCCCGGAUCUCGCUCAAAGAAAAUGCUUUACAUCAACAACUCCUACGGAACCGAUGUACAGCACAGCCCAGACAACAACGUCUUGCUAAAGUCUAAGCAAGACCACAUCCAUGUUCAGCCUGGCGACGUCCUGGAAUGGAUAACCUGGGGCGGUGGUGGCCUAGGCGAUCCUCUCCUACGCCCCAGUUCCAAAGUAUCUCAAGAAGUCCACCGCAAACUCAUCACUGCCGACGGCGCAUCACGCAACUACGGCGUCGUGGUCGACCCUCUCCCUCCUCACGCUGUCAACGAAACCGCCACAAACUCCCUACGCGCACAGAUGCGGGAAGCCCGAGAAAUGCGACAGAAGAACGGAGAAGAAGCCGGUAUGGACGGAUACAACCGCGGCGCAAGCAUCGAACAAGUCAUCAAAACCGCAGAGAAAGAGACGGGGCUCAAGGCGCCGACACCGCAGUGGGAAGGGAGGUUGUACGGGCCGCAUGCUGGGGUUGAAUAUGUCAGAGCAUGGUAUGAGAGGAUGGGAAAGGAAGGCUGGAGAGGGUGGGAUGUUUAA